CCCCGCUCCGGGGACCGCGCGCCGCAGCCCCCCCCCCCCCAGCUGGAGCUGGCGGCCCGGCCGGGCGCGGCCAGUGCAUGAGGGCAGCGGGCGAAGGCGGCGGCGAGUCCCUCCCCCUCCGCUCCUCGCCGGGGCCGGGGCCCGGGAGGCUGAGGCCGCGCCGCGCCCGGGACAUGCGGCCUCCCCCCCCCCGCCGCCGCCGCGGAGGAGGAGGAGGCGGCGGCGAUGAGGCUCCGCAACGGCACCUUCCUCACCCUGCUGCUCGGCUGCCUCUGCGCCCUGCUCUCGCUCUCCUGGUACGGGGCCUUCAGCGGGCACAAAGGUGAGGUUGUGGAUAUGUAUCAACGAGAGUUCCUAGCACUCAGAGACCGUCUGCAUGCUGCUGAACAGGAGAGCCUAAAGCGCUCCAAGGAGUUGAACCUGGUCCUAGACGAGAUAAAGAGAGCUAUCUCUGAGAAGCAGGCCCUACGAGAUGUAAACCGGACAUGGAGCAAUUUAUCUGAUGAAACCAAAUUAAAACUGUGGAAUAUCACCAACAAGAAUGUGCUGCAUCUUCCCACCAUCUUUCAUCAUUUGCCACAUUUGCUGUCCAAGGAGAACAGUCUACAACCAGCUGUGCAUGUGGGACAGGGACGCACUGGAGUGUCCAUAGUGAUGGGAAUCCCCAGCGUGAAGCGAGAGGUGCAUUCAUAUCUUACGGACACCCUGAACUCCCUGAUCUCAGAGCUUACCCAGCAGGAAAAGGAGGACACUGUGAUUGUUGUUAUGAUUGCUGAGACUGAUGAACAGUAUACAACAGGAGUGGCAGAAAAUAUCAAAAACUUGUUCCCCAAGGAAAUACACUCUGGUCUCCUGGAAGUCAUUUCCCCCUCUCCACAUUUCUAUCCAGACUUUUCUCAUCUCCGGGAAUCUUUUGGCGACCCCAAGGAAAGAGUCAGGUGGAGAACUAAACAGAACCUAGAUUACUGCUUUUUAAUGAUGUAUGCCCAGUCCAAAGGCAUUUACUAUGUGCAGCUGGAGGACGACAUUGUAGCCAAACCAAACUAUCUCAGCACAAUGAAGAACUUUGCUCUGCAGCAGCCAUCUGAGGAGUGGAUGAUCCUGGAAUUCUCACAGCUUGGGUUUAUUGGAAAGAUGUUCAAAUCGCUGGAUCUCAGCCUGAUUGUGGAGUUUAUACUCAUGUUCUACAAGGACAAGCCCAUUGACUGGCUCCUUGAUCACAUCCUUUGGGUGAAAGUCUGCAAUCCAGAAAAAGAUGCAAAACAUUGUGACAGGCAGAAGGCGAACCUGAGAAUCCGCUUCAAGCCCUCACUCUUCCAGCAUGUGGGAACCCAUUCCUCCUUGGCUGGGAAGAUACAGAAAUUGAAAGACAAAGACUUUGGAAAGCAAGCCCUGCGAAAAGAACAUGUCAACCCUCCCGCAGAGGUGAGCACCAGUCUGAAAACCUACCAACACUUUACCUUGGAGAAAGCCUACCUGAGAGAAGACUUCUUCUGGGCAUUCACCCCCAUGGCAGGAGACUUCAUCCGAUUCAGAUUCUUUAAACCACUCCACAUCGAAAGAUUCUUCUUCCGCAGUGGCAACAUUGAACACCCUGAAGACAAACUCUUCAAUACAACUGUGGAGGUUUUGCCCUUUGAUAGUCUCCAGUCAGAUAAGGAAGCCCUGCAGGAGGGAAGAGGGACAGUGUUCAAGUACCACAGGACAUCAGAUGGCUACAUACAGAUAGGCUCCUUUUCUAAGGGUGUUGCAGAAGGGGAAGUGGACCCUUCAUUUGGGCCUCUAGAAGCCAUCCGACUGGUCAUCCAGACUGAUUCUCCAGUGUGGAUCAUCUUGAGUGAGAUUUUUCUGAAAAAAGCAGAAUGAAAUUCCCAGGACGAAGGGUGGAUGCGCAAAGCCGUUGCUCAGUCCCUCCUCCAAAUCUUCCUCUCCUUUUUAUUCCCUUCCCCCAGUCUGCAAAGGGUGUGAAACUGUUGCAUGCACAGCACCACCAUCUGCUACAAGCCAGGAA